ACAUGCGCAAUUCACAUAACAAACGCGAACAAUGAAUUCUGACGUUCCGUGAUAACAAUAGAGUGGGGAUAAAACAAUCGCUUCCUUAUAUAAACGCCACGCACAGACAAUAGACUCAGUACAGUAGUACACUCAGCACAACACGGCAGAUCAACAUAGAUGACCACGUCGACGGAGCCAGCAGCGAAACCUCAGAACACCGACCAAUUUUUCUUUUGACACAAAAUUAAUUUUUCUUCACAAAGUUAACUUAUUAUUGCGCUUGUUCUAAUACCAGGAUAUUGAUGUGUAAAUCGUAAAGAUUUAAUAACGUGCAUCGACUCAUCCCAAUCAGAGACAUCACUACAACACGAGACUCUAAAUCGUACGAAUAUCGGGCGUACCUCUUGGGAUAUUUACAAAACUUGUGCUGUACGUGCCAAUUAAAAUGAGAGCAAUGUAUUCUGUGUUGCUUUACAUGUCGUUAGCAAUUGCGUUAUAUUCACCCAAUGUUUCCACGCUCUGUGGAAACGAUACACAAAUCGAAGAUUUACUAUCGGCGGUAAUUUCACAGGAAUACUAUUACACGGCAAUGUCAACAAUGACGGGUAUUCAACACACGUCCGGUCGUAUUGCUUUGCGUUGGAAAGAAAUAUUUGAAGAUAUGAAAAGUUCGUUGAAUAAGGAUCAUAAAGCCUACAGACUGUGUUCAGACAUCUUGGAAAGAUCAACUUCAACCUUCGAUUCAUCUGGUGCUGUGAUCUCUCUUUUGUCAAUGAUACCGGGUGGCGGAUUCGUAGUUUUACCUGCGAGGUUAGCUGAAUCGAUGACUUCCGUGGCAAUUUUAAAACAAAGAUUAGGAUUUUGGAAAAAUGCCGGUUGCAAAAAUGCUACAACAAGAGAUUGUAAUUUAUGGGAGAAUCAUAAAAUAUAUUAUACAAUGUGAUUUAAAUAUGAUUUGUUUGUAAACGAUAAUAAUACCUAUAUAUUAGUUGUAUCAUAAAAUAAAUAUCCUAAAUUAUACCGUAUUUUGUUUGAUU